AUGGCCCACCACCCUCACAGCUCAAAUAAUGAAGCUUUGACGCAACCGCCAGACCUCCUACUAACGACGCUACCGCGACUACCAGCAGAGAUCCUCGCCGACAUCAUCGAGCUAGCCAUCCGUACAGCUUCUCCCUGCCCCCUCAUUCCCCCCUCAUCUGCCAGUACACCAGGCGAAGCUCCAAGGUCUCCCUUCACAACCCCACUCGGAGUCUCCUACACCUCAGCCUGGGCAUGGACAGGUCACUUGCUACACGUUUCCAAAUUCUUCUACUCCAUCGCACGGCCGCUUCUUCUUCAAACGCUCGCUCUCGACACGAAUGCUGCAGCAAAAUCGUUCUUCUCGGAUCAGAUAGAUAUGAGUGAUACGCUGGAUAGAGUAGAACGGGCGUGGUUCGGCAAUGUCUCUUCCCUGGCUCGAGAUGGCUUGAGGGUAGAUCCAACCGGACUGCGCUUAUCGGAGGCUGGUUGGUACGAAGAGUGUUCAGGAGGGUUUGUUGUCGGACAUGCUUAUGCUUCUCGUCCGAAGCUCAGGAGAAAGCGGAAGGGAAGGAGUGAAAAUGGUAAGGAUGGAGCUAACCCGAAACAGUAUCGAAGCGUCAGUGUAUAUUGGGCGGAAGAACAGCUGGUUGAGGAAGUAAGCGAUCCGGAACGGUCGAGCGAUAGUGAUAGUGAUGAUGGCUAUGGUAGUAGCGAGAUUGAUGCUGAAGGCGAUACUGUGCAAGAAACGGGUCCGUCAGAUGGGUAUGUGGGGUCUCUGUCUCUUUCCUCGACUGGGCAAACAUUCGCGAGUGGAGGUGGUGCAACGUCCAGACGACGGUCUCAUCAGGAUGAAGGCUCAAUACGUGACCCUCGGCUAGAUCGACCACAUGAACCCGCUUGGCAAACGCUGUAUUCGAGGCAGAGAAGAAGGUCGCCUGUUCGAACAAGAGGACAGGUUGGUGCGACGCUGGCAUCUAACGCGCAGCCGGAGAUGGGAAGUGUCAGCCAGAUCGGUCCAUCAGAAGGCGAUCUGGAUCCGUGGGAUAUGCAAGAUGCUCAGGAACGACUAGCUGCCAUUGCCAACUCUUCUGUACAGACCAAGGAGCCCGAUCUCACAGAGGCAAAUGCGGACACUGAGCUUGGCCAACCAUGCUCAUCAAACUCACCAGCAGACGAUUCGAUCGCAGACAGAAGCGCAAUGCAGCACCGUCGCCGUCGGCGAGAAAUCUACGCCUACCAUCUCUGCACAGCAACCCUCGAACCUUGGAUCAACCCCCUCCUCUCUUCAAUCCGCUCACUUCAACUCAUCACAAUCACUUUUUACCCCGGCCAUCUCCUGGACGACGACAAGCUAGAGCACAUGCUUCGUCGCAUUCUUUCGCCCUCUGAAUGCCCGCGGCUGCAGACUUUGCUAAUCAGAAUUGUGUUUGAUGCAGCAAGUGCAGGCAGUAGGUUGCGAAGGUUUGAGCGGACCAAGACGAUAGCAGGAGCAGUUGAUAGAAUUGGGGAUGAGAGGGUGAGAGUGAUGUUAGUGAAUAAUAGAGUGGGGGAGGGGGAGUUGGUGGCGCUGCCGUCUAAAGAGAUGGGGGAGGGAAGAGAGGAGGAUGCGGUAUCGGUCAGUCCCUUGAGUCGGAAAGCGAUUACGUUGACAAACGAGGGUUGGUGGUCGAGGGUAUUACAGCAGAAUCACCUUCCUCAGACUCAGGGGCAGAUAGUAGAUGAAAGGGAAGGCGGACUAGAGGCAAAGGGGGAUGGAGUUGAGCAGACGGAAAGACAGGAGAGACUGGUGUCGGAUUGGCAGAUGUUCUUCCCUCCAGAGCAACACGGGAAUCCCACGCAUCUGGUCAAUCUCAUCUGCCACUCAGAUCCUUGGCCAGAUCAUCGGAAUCCUGUAAGAUGA